GAUAUCAGGAUUACUAGCUUUAAUUGUACUUGUAACUAUAUGCACAGGCUGAGAGAACUAGAGACUAAACAUAGGGCUGUCACUUGAGCUUAAACAGAGGACUUUAAUUUAGAAGUAUUAAAAAACAAACAAAAGGUAUGAAGGCUCUGAAAUAAUGCAUUAGAAAAAAAGACAAUGAGUAUAUGGGGGAAAAAAUAAAUAAAUAAAUAAAUAAAUAAGAGAAUUAUAUAAACAGUCGGUAAACCAGGAAUUACUUACAAACCAGGAACCAGGAGUCUGGGAAAAUGGAAUAUUCCCUGAGAUUUGUUAUUAUUAUGCUCAUUUAUGGAAUAACUCACAAGGCCACUGGAAACCCAAGCAAUGAAACUACAGCCAACACAACAACUACUCCAACUCCAACCAAUGGAUCUACAAUAGCUACAACCAAAACCAGCAUAACUACAGCUCACACAACAACUCCAUCUCCAACCAAUGGAUCUACAAUAGCUACAACCAAAACCAGCAUAACUACAGCUCACACAACAACUCCAACUCCAACCAAUGGAUCUACAAUAGCUACAACCAAAACCAGCAUAACUACAGCUCACACAACAACUCCAACUCCAACCAAUGGAUCUACAAUAGCUACAACCAAAACCAGCAUAACUACAGCUCACACAACAACUCCAACUCCAACCAAUGGAUCUACAAUAGCUACAACCAAAACCAGCAUAACUACAGCUCACACAACAACUCCAACCAAUGGAUCUACAAUAGCUCCAACCACAACCAACACAACUACAGCUCACACAACAACUCCAACCAACCAAUCUUUUCAUGAAUUAAGCUUCUUAUUGACAAUAAAUGAAGAAUUUGACUGGACACUUACCAACCAAAAUAGUGACAAGUUUAAAACAUACAGCACUAAAAUUAAGCAUUCAAUUAAUCGAAGUUACAGCAGUGUAUCUGUCUAUCAGCCCAACUCUGCAACAGUUACUGGCUUCAGGCCUGGUAGUGUGAUUGCAGAUUUCAAAAUUAAUUCAAGUACUGCUAACCCUGAUUUGCUAUCAUCAAAUACACUACUUGUUCAAAGUCUCAGAUCAGAAGGAUUUAAUGUGAGCGAUAAUCCAAUCAUGCAAAGUGUGGCAGGUGGACUAUAUGACAGCAGUCUUAUAUAUCCUGGAAAAGAUUUCUAUCUGAAAUGCAUUCUUUCUGUAAAAAAUGGCAUCACAUGGUACCUGAAUAGGAACAAACUAUCACAAUCGGAUAAAUAUAUAAUGACUGACAAUAAUCUCACUGUGAAGAAUGCCAAUCCUAGCGACAGUGGUGAAUAUGCCUGCAGUACAACAGUAAACUCUAUGCCCAAUAUUAACUAUCAGUUCAUUACUGUUCAGCCAUACCCUAAUAUCCAACUGACCAGUAGCAAAGUUGUAACAUGUGAGGAUACAACAAUCCCACUGCAGUGUUGUUUUCAGAAGAUUUAUGGAGUGGAAUUGGAUGUUAACCCCCAAGUUUGCAGUCAAUCUUCACCAGUCUCUGUAGGCUCAUCAUCAUGUUUAUCAUGUAACUAUGAAAUAAAAAAACAAGACUGCCAAACUACACAACAAACAAUACAGGUCACAUGUCAACUAACAACACCCAUCAACGGAAAUAGUUACGCAGUGAGCUCCACAGUAACUGUAAAGAAUGGUGUAUUUACCUGCAAUAAUGGUGUAUUUGGAGCUGGAAAUCUGGGAGAAAUCCAAACUGUUAAGUGUACUGGAAACAUGGUUGGCUCUCAAGUAGCUAAGUGUAAUUCAUCAAACCUCUGGGAGAUUCAAGAAAACAACUGUGUUCUGCGUGGCAUUCAACAGUUAAAAGAUGAAGCUGAGAAUUUACAGGUAGGAGACAUCCAAACAUUUAUGAACUGGGUCAGCAGUAAUGUUACAUCAGAGACUGACUACAUCACUGACUCUGCAGCAACUAUAACAACAAUUGUAUACAUACUAAAGAUUGUUUCAAAUCUCUCAGCAACAACUCUCAUCGAUCAAACCAUUAUAAAGGAUUUCCUAAACACAACGGAAACUGUUGGAUCAGAUGCUGCACUGGACACAUGGGUGCUUAUAAACAAAAACAAUAUAUCCCAGAAUGCCAGCUCUGAACUUCUAAAGUCGGCUGAAAUUUUUGGAAGUAGACUCCCUAAUACAAGCUUUCAUAUAAAAACAGAGUUUUCCUCUGUCAAUAAGACUAACAUUACUACCAGCGACUUUUGGGGAGAAUUUGGUGUCAAUUUAACAACACAAAUAAGUCUUCCUGAGAUUACAAACUCGACGUUCAUCACCAUCAUGGUUUCAUCGGCUUUUAACAACAUCUUACCUGUUCGAAAUUUGAGCUACAAUGACAGCAGCCAGACUGGUGCCAAGAUCAAUGGAGAUAUAGCUGUGAUUGAAAUUGAGUCAAACUCAACAAUAAACAACAUCUCUCUUACUUUUGACGUCAUAAAUGAUGCAUUGGGAAAUCCUCAGUGUGUCUUUUGGAACUUUAGUCUUCUGAAUGGUGUUGGUGGAUGGGACUCAACUGGAUGUCAGUUAAAGCCAUUAGGAAACGAAACUAAAAGAUAUACAUGUGAGUGCAAUCAUACAACCUCUUUUUCAAUCCUGAUGUCACCAUACACCAUGGAUAAAAUCCAAGGCAAGAUCUUAGACUAUAUAACUUACAUUGGUGUUGGCAUUUCAAUGCUGUGCUUGGUUUUGUGCCUCAUCAUUGAAAUCAUCAUAUGGAAAUCAGUGACAGUGAAUGACACAUCCUACAUGCGCCAUGUCUCCGUAAUAAACAUCGCUGUCUCUCUUCUGAUUGCAAAUAUAUGCUUCAUCAUUGGAGCAGCUGUUGUUAAACAAGUGGGUCCCUGCAGUACAGCAACAUUCUUCAUGCACUUCUUUUAUCUUGCCCUUUUCUUCUGGAUGUUGCUGUCAGCACUCUUGCUCCUCUACCGCACCCUCAUGGUCUUUUCCAGAAUGACCAGAGGAGCAAUGAUGGGCAUAGGCUUCACUGUCGGCUAUGGAGCCCCGUUAAUCAUUGCUGUCAUUACAGUGGCAUCUACAGCUGGAAACAAAGGAUACAUUCAACAAGAUUACAAUUGUUGGCUGAACUGGAGCCAAACGAAGGCCCUCCUGGCAUUUGUGAUUCCUGCUCUGACGAUUGUAGCUAUAAACCUCCUGGUGCUUAUUGUGGUUCUGUUUAAGAUGUUAAGGAGAGGAGUUAAUGCUUCCAUUCAGCCAGAUGAGAAACAUCCACUAGUGGUCCUUGCUAGAUGUGUGGCCAUUUUAACCCCUCUCUUUGGCCUAACGUGGGGAUUCGGCAUUGGGACCAUGGUGUCAUCGAACUUUGGGAUUCAUGUGGUGUUCGCAUUCCUUAAUUCACUUCAGGGUUUCUUUAUUUUACUGUUCGGGAUUUUACUGGAUAGUAAGGUCCGAGAAGCAUUAGCAGGAAAGUUUUCACUGAGGAACUUAAGCUCUAAUCGCACUAGGAGUACGAGUGCAGGACCAUCAUCCUCAAGUGGAUUUGCUUUCAUUCAGAGGUUACGGAGAAGAAAUGUGUACAAUGUAUCAAAUGGAGAAAUGUUGUCUUCAGGCAACCCAAAUGCAUCUGCUGAUGGUUAAGGAGCUGCAGCAGAAAUACAUCAGCAUUAUUACAGUCUAUUUAUCAUAAACAUUUUACUGCAAUUCUGCAUACAAAAGAAGAAAGGCAUUUUAUUGUUUAUGUGUUUAUUAUUUAAAAAAUUUUAGCUUAACCCCCACAAUACUCGAUUUAAGAAUAUUGUUUAAGAAAUUCAUUUUGAAUUGACGUAAUUAGAAUUUCUGUGUAAUUGCUUUUGUCAAAAGUCUAUAAACCUGUUUGAUGUGUCUAUAAAAACUCAGCUGUCACAGCUGACAGCCUCACAAAGUAUCACAGAAACUUUUUAAUGGAGAAAAUUUUGUUUGGUUUAGACUUAUUCUAGACCUAUCUACUUAUUUUAGACCUAUCUAUUUAACAAAUUGCUUAUUUAGUAAUCAAGCCACAUCUAGCUACAUUAAAGAAUUUUAUGUUAAACAAUCUGGUUGAGGAAAUGAAUGAUUGCAGAAAAUUCAUGGAAUAAAAUCUUUUGAUGUAAACAAAAUAUUUAAUAUGGUUAGCAAAUGAUUUACCAAAUAUAAUUUUCAAAAAAUGGCUUUUUACUUAAAUUCUUGUACACUAUUACUUGUAAGUUUAUUUGCUUUGAGA